AUGGAAUUAUUCGAGGAUGUUAUGCGAGAGUAUCAAAAUAAUUCAUUGCGAUCAAGACCUCAAUCAAAUAAAUCCAAAUUUACUUGUUUUCCAUUCUCGGUUUCUCGUAUGACAAAUCGUAUUGUUCAUCAUCUAUUUCGUCGAAAUAAACGUCGUUCUUUUAAAACAAAUAAACAAUAUAAUCAAUUAACAACUAAUAUGGAUUCAUAUCAAUAUACACCAUCCAAUAAUGAACUUCAACAACUUCUCUAUACUUAA